UGAGCCUCCCUGCAGUGCCUUAUUCAGCAGGAACAGUUUUGGAAUUGAAAAGUGGAGGGAGGCGGUAAAGGACAGCACAGAGGCAUCAGGUGUGCAGGCAGAGAGACGGGAGGAAAAUGAGAAGCAGACGAAUUAGAACUGGGGAUUUGGACAUAUGAUGAGAAGAGCACAGGAGUCAGAAUGAGUCUGUUAGGAUCAGACACACUGGGAGCCUUAAGAAUAGGAUUAGCAUCAUCUGGAGCUGGACGCGGAAAGAAAAUUACAACUUCACUGCUUUUUUGGGGGAUACAUUUAUAAGGGUGAGGGAAUCAACACGUCCAGCCAAUGCUCCAGUUUGGCUGAAACUACUCAUGCAGAACGAAAGAUCCUUCGGAAAGACAUUCAAAAUUCACACUGACGUACAGACAGAAAAAAUAGAGUCUUCACCUGCUGAACCAUGACUGGUAAGCAAGGGGGACAGUGGAGGUCCAUGUACAAACGCCUCAUCCUGGGAACACUUCUAACAGGCUGUAUGAUCCUGCUUUACUGCUUCUCCAUCCAACAGAUCAACUUCAACCCUCCUGAGGUCCCAGUGCCUUACUCCUGUGCCCAUAGUCCAUCCAAUCUUUACCCUAAACCAGCCACCAAAUCACAAAACAACUCUAGUCAGCAAUGCUCUCCUAAAGUGGACAUAAUGUUCAUGAAGACCCACAAAACGGCCAGCAGCACCUUCCUCAACAUCCUGUUCCGUUUUGGAGAGAAACACCGUCUUCAAUUUGCUUUUCCUGACAGCAGAAAUGAUUUCUUCUAUCCGUCCUUUUUCCAGCGCUCUCAGGUCAAAGACUACAAACCUGGAAUGUGCUUCAACAUAAUCUGUAAUCAUAUGCGGUUCAAUGCUGCAGAAAUAGAAAAGCUACUUCCUUUAGACACAACCUACAUCACCAUUCUGAGGGACCCGGCAGAACUAUUUGAAUCAUCUUUCCACUAUUUUGGCCGGCUGGCGCCUUUUACCUGGAAGAUACCUGGUGACGACAAGCUCAAGGAGUUCCUGCUUGACCCACACAGCUACUUUGACCCAGAGGGCUACAAUUCCUUCUAUCUCAAGAACCUGCUGUUUUUUGACUUUGGCCAGGACAACACUCUGGAGCCUGAGGAUCCACGGGUAGAAGAAGGAAUCAGAUUAAUCUCUGAGCGUUUCCAUCUGGUCAUGUUGGUGGAACACUUUGAGGAAUCAUUAAUCCUGCUCAAAGAUGCUCUCUGCUGGGACAUGGAUGACUUGCUCUUCUUCAAGCUCAAUGCCCGUAAGGGAUCCACUGUGUCAAAACUUACACCUGAGUUGAGGGCCAGGGCACUUAAGUGGAAUGCCAUUGACUGGAAGCUAUACCAGCACUUCAACCAAACUUUUUGGAAGAGGGUAGAUGCUUAUGGACGGCUGCGUAUGGCCAAGGAUGUGGCAGAACUUCGAAGAAGAAACAGAGAAAUGGCAUCAAUCUGCAUUGAGGGAGGCCAUGCAGUGGAUGCCAGCAGCAUCCAGGAGACAGACAUGCAGCCCUGGCAACCAAUCGGGGAGAAAUCUAUCAUGGGCUAUAACCUUAAGAAGAAUGUGGACAAAGCCCAUCAAAAGCUGUGCCGUAAGAUGUUGACGCCGGAGCUUCAGUAUCUAACAGAACUGGGGGUAAACUUGUGGAUCACUAAGCUGUGGGGCCAUGUUCGGGAUAUCAUUAAUUGGUGACAAGGCGUGUAUGAUGAGGUGGUGAAUAGACCAUCAAAAGAAGAUGAAAAACAUCAGAGCGUGGUUGAUAGAUGGCUGAAGGGCAGUGCUUUUAUAAAAGUUUUGAUGUCUCAAUGUACAAGUUGAUGAACUUUUUUGGUAGAAUUGGUAAAACUGGUCAGUUUUGAAAAAGCAACCAUUUUCCGUUUCUAUCUGUGAGUUGAUGGGCUCACAAUAAAGUCAGAGAUCUCACUGAUUAAAUCAUAUUGUUGCCAUACCAACCAAAUCUUUAAGACAAAGAUCUGUAUGUAAAAUGAAUUUAUUUAUCCCAACUUCACUUCUUUAUUGAAAAGUUUUACUUUUAUGAAAUAAUUCUGACUGCAGGUUGAAAAUAUGAGGUGAAAACACUGAAGGUAAACAUACUAGUAUUACAGUAAAACAGAAAAAAAUUCAAACUAAGAUAUUCUUGAUGAAAUUGUACCUGAUGGUAAUAUUAAUGGUUAAAUGUCUUUAAAGUUUUUUUCAAGGACUUUAAAACCAAGGUUAUUAUUUAAUUAAUGGUAUGAAAAAAAGCUCUAUGCAAUCACAGGAAAAAUGUUUGUUAUCGCUUAUGGUAUUUUUUGGUAAUGAUAAU